AUGGAUCUCCAGGAGACCCAGCGUCUCCUUUCCGAGUAUCUUCACGAACUUGCGGAUCUGUUCCACCGCGUUCCUGGCUCCGCAAUCUUUAUCCGCUACGUGAAAUCAAGUUAUCAAGAUGACCCAAUUCGCUCUGCCGUCGAGCUCUUCCUGUUCCUCUUCGCCGUGCGAUAUCUGUUAGCCCCGAAAUAUUCUACCAAGCCAGGUGUCGUACCACUCACGGAAGAUGAGAUCGAUGACCUUGUGGAUGAAUGGACUCCGGAACCUCUCGUUGGGGAACCCACGAGUUUGGAAGCGAUGGAAGUUGAUAAGCGAACAGUUAUUGUUGGCCCUGUAGGCCCCAAAUCGAAAUUGGCCAACGGCCGCACCGUUAUGAACCUCGGAUCUCUCAACUUCUACAACUUCAACACCAAUGAGUCCCUCAAGGAACAGGCAAUUCAGACCCUUCGUGCUUACGGAGUUGGCCCUUGUGGACCACGCGGAUUUUACGGCACACAGGAUGUUCACAUGAAGACGGAAGAUGACGUGGCAGCGUUCCUGGGAACCGCAGCUUGUAUCCUCUACUCUCAAGCCUUUUCGACUAUUUCAAGUGUGAUUCCUGCCUUUUCGAAGCGUGGAGAUAUCAUCGUUGCGGACAAGGGGGUCAGCUUUGCGAUUCGCAAGGGUAUCCAGAUCUCUCGAAGCAUUGUCCGGUGGUAUGAGCACAAUGACAUGGAGGAUCUGGAGCGUGUGCUCGCAAAGAUCACUAAAGAGCAGGCCCGGAAACCUUUGACUCGCAGAUUUAUCAUCACAGAGGGUCUAUUUGAGUCUUACGGUGAUAUGGCAGAUUUGCCCAAGAUCAUCGAACUCAGACUUAAAUACAAGUUCCGUCUCAUCCUUGAUGAGACCUGGUCUUUCGGUGUCCUGGGACGCACUGGCCGUGGUAUCACGGAGCACCAAAACGUCGAUGCCGCCGAGGUUGAUAUGAUUGUGGGAUCACUGGCUGGUCCCCUCGUUGCUGGUGGAGGCUUCUGUGCUGGUUCAGAGGAGAUUGUUCACCAUCAGCGUAUUUCGGCCGCUGCCUACACCUUCUCGGCUGCGCUUCCCGCCCUACUCUCUACUACCGCCAGUGCUACUAUCAACAUGCUUCAAAACAGUCCCGAGACGGUGUCACAACUUCGGGAAACCACCAAGGUUCUGCGGGCCCAGUUGGAUCCUCGCAGUGACUGGGUUUACUGCACCAGCGCGCCUGAGAACCCCGUUCUCAUCCUGGUCAUCAAGCCCGAGGUUGUGGCUUCCAAGCGGCUCACGGAAACCGAUCAGCAGUUCUUGCUCCAGGAUGUUGUUGAUGAGUGCCUCGCCAAUGGUGUUCUGAUCACACGGUUGAAGACUCUCGAGGAUAACUUCCAGCCCAAGCAGGUUGUCCCACCAGCUCUGAAGGUGUGCGUCACUACCGGCCUCACCAAGAAAGAGAUUGAAAAAUCAGGAACAAUCAUCCGCCAUGCCAUUACCAAGGUGAUGAGCAAGAGGAAGUGA